ACCCCAAAAAAACACUGCCUGGGAACUGAGGAACACAACUUGGAGAGAGUGAGAAAGCAGGGGGAGGAGAACAAGGAGUAGGACAGAGAGCGAUGAGAGGACAUUGCGAGCGCUCCUGAAGUUAAACAUAAAACACAACAAAGAGAGAGAGAGAAAAAAAAAACCAGACCUGAAAUGCACACCUUUGCAUUCGCUGCAUGUUUUACUGAAUGGAGCGCAAUCCACACAAGCAGUGAUGGUGAACUUCUGACUGACUUCAAAUAGACCAAAGCUUCACUCUCCCGAGGAUUCCAGUCUCAGGAAGAGAAUAAAGAUGCUGCGAGGGCUGUUCGGUCGCCGCAGGCUGAAGCACGAGCGGCUGAAGGAGGACGUGGAGGUGCGCUUCAAAGGGGAGCUGGUGUCGGAGAGAGAGCUGGGAUACACGUUCGUGCGGCCAGGAGGCUCCAACUAUUCCAGUCCGUCGUUGGCUCCAGUCCCCGGUCUGAAUGAGGACGAGCAUGUGGGGGGCGGGGAUGGGGUGCUGGGUCUUGCACCAGAACACAUUCCCACCCCUGGCGCCUCCCUCAGCUGGCAGGCAGCCAUCGACGCGGCACGGCAGGCCAAGCUGAUGGGCACCACCGCAGCCCCGAUCUCCACUGCGUGCUCCACGCAGCGCAAACGCCAGCCCUACACCAAACCCAAGAAACAGGCCAGCACUGCCUCCACGCGCCCACCCCGAGCCCUCCUCUGCCUCACUCUUAAAAACCCCAUCCGCAGGGCGUGCAUCAGUAUCGUGGAAUGGAAACCAUUUGAAAUCAUCAUUUUGAUGACUAUUUUUGCAAACUGUGUGGCCUUAGCUGUCUACAUCCCUUUCCCCGAAGACGAUUCCAACGCAACCAACUCAAACCUGGAACGGGUGGAGUAUCUCUUUCUGAUUAUUUUUACGGUGGAAGCAUUUCUCAAAGUUAUUGCAUACGGGUUGCUGUGUCACCCUAAUGCGUACCUGCGGAACGGCUGGAACUUGUUGGAUUUCAUCAUCGUGGUGGUAGGGCUGUUCAGUGCGAUAUUAGAGCAGGCCACUAAAGGGGAUGGUGGGACUUCAAUGGGAGGCAAGGCUGCAGGGUUUGAUGUAAAAGCCCUACGAGCCUUUCGAGUGUUGAGACCUCUGAGACUCGUAUCUGGAGUACCUAGUUUACAGGUGGUGCUGAACUCCAUCAUUAAAGCCAUGGUUCCCCUCCUGCACAUCGCUCUGCUCGUUCUGUUCGUCAUCAUCAUUUAUGCCAUCAUCGGCCUGGAGCUCUUCAUGGGCAAGAUGCACAGAACCUGUUUUUUCUUCAAAGAUGGACACAAAGGUCCUAUAUCUGAAGAGAAACCGGCCCCCUGCGCCCCAAGCUCCACCCAUGGACGACACUGCUCCCAGGCCAACAUAACGCAGUGCAUGAUGGGAUGGGCGGGCCCAAAUGAUGGAAUCACGAACUUUGAUAACUUUGCAUUUGCCAUGCUAACUGUGUUUCAAUGCAUCACGAUGGAGGGCUGGACUGACGUCCUGUACUGGGUGAAUGAUGCUGUAGGGAACUCCUGGCCAUGGCUUUAUUUUGUCACUUUAAUCAUCAUUGGCUCCUUUUUUGUUCUUAAUUUGGUUCUUGGGGUUUUAAGCGGAGAGUUCUCGAAAGAGCGAGAAAAGGCCAAAGCUCGCGGUGAUUUCCAGAAGCUCCGUGAGAAGCAGCAGCUGGAGGAGGAUCUAAAGGGCUACCUGGACUGGAUCACGCAGGCGGAGGAUAUCGACCCUGAGAACGACGACGAGGGACUGGACGACGACAAGCCUAGAAAUCUGAGUAUGCCGGCCAGUGAAAAUGAGUCGGUGAACACUGAUAAUGCUCCCGCUGGAGACAUGGAGGGAGAGACCUGCUGUACUCGCAUGGCAAAUAGGAUCUCCAAAUCCAAAUUCAGUCGAUAUUCACGCCGAUGGAAUCGGUUAUGUCGGCGCACGUGCCGUGCAGCAGUGAAGUCAAAUGUGUUCUACUGGCUGGUGAUUUUCCUGGUAUUUUUGAACACACUUACCAUUGCCUCUGAGCACCACCAGCAGCCAGAUUGGCUCACCAAUGUACAAGAUAUUGCCAAUAAGGUGAUGCUGGCUCUUUUUACUGGUGAGAUGCUGCUGAAGAUGUACAGUCUGGGCCUACAGGCCUAUUUCGUCUCGCUCUUCAACCGCUUCGACAGUUUUGUGGUGUGCGGUGGAAUUCUGGAGACUAUCCUGGUGGAGACUAAGAUCAUGUCACCCCUCGGCAUCUCUGUGCUGCGCUGUGUGCGUCUGCUCCGCAUCUUCAAGAUCACCAGGUACUGGAACUCUCUCAGUAAUCUAGUGGCGUCGCUGCUGAACUCGGUGCGCUCGAUCGCGUCCCUGCUCCUGCUGCUCUUCCUGUUCAUCAUCAUCUUCAGUCUGCUCGGAAUGCAGCUCUUUGGUGGCAAGUUCAACUUUGACGAGACGCGCCGCAGCACCUUCGAUAACUUCCCGCAGUCUCUCCUCACCGUCUUUCAGAUUUUGACCGGAGAGGACUGGAACUCUGUGAUGUACGAUGGGAUCAUGGCGUACGGUGGACCCUCCUUUCCUGGCAUGCUCGUCUGCAUUUAUUUCAUCAUCCUCUUCAUCUGCGGAAACUACAUCCUCCUGAAUGUCUUCUUGGCCAUUGCCGUGGACAACCUGGCUGACGCAGAGAGUCUGACGUCAGCGCAGAAAGAGGAAGAGGAGGAGAAAGAGAGGAAGAAGCUGGCCAGGACGGCCAGUCCAGAGAAGCGCCAGAACUCUGAGAAACCACCUCUGGAGGAUGAAAAGAAAGAGGAAAAGAUUGAACUCAAAUCCAUCACUUCUGAUGGAGAGACUGCCACCAAGAUCAACAUAGAUGAGUACACAGGGGAGGAGAAUGAGGAGAAGAAUCCAUAUCCUGUGAACGAUUUCCCAGGAGAGGAGGACGAUGAGGAGCCAGAGAUGCCAGUAGGUCCUCGUCCACGUCCACUUUCCGACAUUCAGCUGAAGGAGAAAGCUGUCCCCAUGCCAGAAGCCAGAGCUUUCUUUAUUUUCAGCCCCAAUAACAAGUUCAGGGUUUUGUGUCAUAAAAUUGUAAACCAUAACAUCUUCACCAAUUUAAUCCUGUUCUUUAUACUGCUGAGCAGUAUUUCACUGGCAGCGGAGGACCCAGUGAAUAAUGACUCAUUCAGGAAUCAGAUUCUAGGCUAUGCAGAUUAUGUGUUUACAGGAAUCUUCACCAUAGAGAUCAUACUGAAGAUGACAGCGUAUGGAGCAUUCCUACAUAAGGGUUCAUUUUGUCGGAAUUAUUUUAAUAUUUUGGAUCUGGUGGUGGUCAGUGUGUCUCUGAUCUCCUCUGGAGUUCAGUCAAGUGCCAUUAAUGUAGUGAAGAUUCUCAGAGUGCUGAGGGUGUUGAGGCCCCUGAGAGCAAUCAACAGAGCCAAGGGCCUCAAACAUGUGGUCCAGUGUGUGUUUGUAGCCAUCCGUACCAUCGGGAACAUCGUCAUCGUCACCACUUUGCUGCAGUUCAUGUUUGCCUGUAUUGGAGUUCAACUUUUCAAGGGCAAAUUCUUCUUCUGCUCAGACUCCUCUAAACAGACACAGUCCGAAUGCAGAGGGUCCUAUAUAUUAUACAAAGAUGGGAAUGUUGGGAAGCCAGAGAAAGCGCAUCGUUUAUGGGAGAACAGUGAAUUCAACUUUGAUGAUGUCCUGCAGGGCAUGAUGGCUCUGUUUGCCGUGUCCACUUUUGAGGGUUGGCCAGGGCUCCUCUACAGAGCCAUUGACUCCCAUACAGAGGAUGUUGGCCCAAUCUACAACUACCGUGUGAUCAUCUCUAUAUUCUUCAUCAUCUACAUCAUCAUCAUCGCCUUCUUCAUGAUGAACAUAUUCGUAGGUUUCGUCAUAGUGACAUUUCAGGAGCAGGGAGAGCAAGAGUACAAAAACUGUGAGCUGGAUAAAAACCAGCGUCAGUGUGUGGAAUAUGCCCUGAAGGCCCGUCCCCUGCGCAGGUACAUCCCCAAGAACCCGUAUCAGUACAAGGUGUGGUACGUGGUGAACUCCACCUACUUUGAGUACCUGAUGUUCACCCUCAUUCUUCUCAACACCAUCUGCCUGGCCAUGCAGCAUCAUGGCCAAUCUCAGUCGUUCAGCAAAGCCAUGAAUAUCCUCAAUAUGUUGUUCACGGGCCUAUUCACUGUGGAAAUGAUCCUCAAACUCAUCGCCUUCAAACCCAGGGGUUACUUUAGUGACCCCUGGAAUGUUUUUGACUUCCUCAUCGUAAUUGGCAGCAUUAUAGACGUCAUUCUGAGUGAGAUCAACCAUUAUUUUGUUGAUGCAUGGAACACGUUUGAUGCCCUUAUUGUAGUGGGUAGUGUUGUUGAUAUAGCCAUCACAGAGGUUAACGGCCUCCAAAACACUGAAGAUAACGCCAGGAUCUCGAUCACAUUCUUUCGGCUGUUCCGUGUGAUGAGGCUGGUGAAGCUCCUGUCUCGGGGCGAGGGCAUUCGGACGCUGCUCUGGACCUUCAUUAAAUCCUUUCAGGCGCUUCCCUACGUUGCUUUGCUGAUCGUAAUGCUGUUCUUCAUCUACGCCGUCAUUGGGAUGCAGAUGUUUGGUAAGAUUGCCCUGAGGGACAACAGCCAGAUCAACCGAAACAACAACUUUCAGACGUUUCCUCAGGCUGUUCUGCUGCUCUUCAGGUGUGCAACAGGGGAGGCAUGGCAGGAAAUCAUGCUGGCCUGUUCCCCGAAACGCCCGUGUGAGAAGGGGUCAGAGGUCUACCACAACAGUGAUGAGUGUGGCAGCCACUUUGCCAUCAUCUACUUUGUUAGCUUUUAUAUGCUUUGCGCCUUCCUGAUCAUUAACCUCUUUGUGGCCGUCAUCAUGGACAACUUUGACUAUUUGACACGUGAUUGGUCGAUAUUGGGGCCGCAUCACCUGGAUGAGUUUAAGAGGAUAUGGGCAGAAUACGAUCCUGAGGCCAAGGGACGGAUAAAGCACCUGGAUGUGGUGACGUUACUUCGCAGGAUUCAGCCUCCCCUUGGGUUUGGAAAGCUUUGUCCACAUCGAGUGGCGUGCAAGCGGCUUGUGUCCAUGAACAUGCCUCUCAAUAGUGACGGGACGGUGAUGUUCAAUGCAACUCUCUUUGCUCUAGUACGAACGGCUCUACGCAUCAAAACAGAAGGUAAUCUGGAGCAAGCAAAUGAGGAACUCAGGGCCAUCGUGAAGAAGAUCUGGAAGAGGACCAGCAUGAAGCUGCUGGAUCAAGUCGUUCCGCCUGCUGGAGAUGACGAAGUAACAGUGGGGAAGUUCUAUGCCACAUUCCUGAUUCAGGAAUACUUCAGGAAAUUUAAGAAGCGCAAGGAACAGGGCCUGGUGGCCAAAAUUCCUCCAAAGACUGCUCUUUCACUGCAGGCUGGCCUGCGUACACUGCAUGAUAUGGGUCCUGAGAUCAGAAGAGCGAUAUCGGGAGACCUGACUGUGGAGGAGGAGCUGGAGAGAGCCAUGAAGGAAACCGUGUGUGCUGCAUCAGAGGAUGAUAUCUUCAGGCGGUCUGGAGGUCUCUUCGGUAACCACGUCAACUACUACCACCAGAGCGACGGCCACGCCUCCUUCCCACAGUCCUUCACAACACAGCGGCCGUUGCACAUCAGUAAAUCCGGGAGUCCCGGCGAAGCAGAAUCUCCCUCUCAUCAGAAGCUCGUCGACUCCACCUUCACUCCGAGCAGUUACUCUUCCUCAGGAUCUAACGCCAACAUUAACAACGCCAACAACACCGGCAUCGGACACCGGUACCCCAAACCUACCAUCAGCACAGUGGACGGACACACGGCGCCGCCCCUCACCUCCGUCCCACUUCCACGGCCCACAUGGUGCUUUCCUAACAAGAGCUCUGAUUCCAGUGACAGUCGUCUCCCUAUAAUCCGGCGAGAGGAAGCAUCUACAGAUGAGACGUACGAUGAAACAUUACUAGAUGAGAGAGAUCAGACCAUGCUCUCAAUGGACAUGAUGAAGUUUCAGGAUGAAGAGAGCAAGCAGUUGGCUCCCAUGGUGGAGGCGGAUGUAGGGGAGGAGAGGAGGCCGUGGCAGUCUCCACGGCGGAGGGCCUUUCUCUGCCCCACUGCACUAGGUCGACGGUCUUCCUUUCACUUUGAGUGUCUGAGAAAACAUAACAGACCUGAUGUUUCUCAGAAAACAGCACUACCACUGCAUCUAGUGCAUCAUCAGGCUCUGGCUGUGGCAGGGUUGAGUCCCUUGCUGAGACGGAGUCAUUCUCCGACGCUGUUCACGCGGCUGUGUUCCACACCUCCUGCGAGUCCCAGCGGCCGUGGCGGCGGAGGGCCGUGCUACCAGCCCGUCCCGUCUCUGCGGUUGGAGGGCAGCGGAUCUUACGAGAAACUCAACAGCAGCAUGCCGUCUGUGAACUGCAGCUCGUGGUACAGUGACAGUAACGGCAACCACAGCGGGAGCGUGCAGAGGACGCAGCGACCCGUGUCCCUCACGGUCCCUCCGGUCACACGCAGAGACUCCAUAUCCCUGGCACAUGGGAGCGCCUGCAGCCUCGUGGAGGCGGUGUUGAUAUCCGAGGGUUUGGGUCGCUAUGCACAGGAUCCCUCCUUCAUCCAGGUGGCGAAGCAGGAGCUAGCGGACGCCUGCGACAUGACCAUGGAGGAGAUGGAGAACGCUGCCGACAACAUUCUCAACGCCAACGCGCCACCCAACGCCAACGGAAACCUGCUACCCUUCAUACAGUGCAGAGACACUGGCUCGCAGGAGUCCUGCUGCAGCCACACGCUGGCCCUCUCGACCGCCACGGGCUCCGACGAGCUUCUGGGGGCGGAGUUAGAGUGCUCCGAGGGGGCGGGGCAGCGGAACAGCCCUCUGAUGGAGGACGAGGACAUGGAGUGCGUGACCAGUUUGUAGGGGGAACAGCAGCACGGAGGACUUCCUGUGUCUUAGCCCAGCUCUCUCUGAGGACGCUGCUGUCCUGCAGUCUGACCUGUCUGUUGCGUGUACCUUCUGUAGGGGUAUAAGGCCAUUCUGCUUAGCUGAGACCGAGUUGGUUUUUAGUUCGUCCGUGUGUUUGCGAGAGCACGAGCGAGUAGGAGUGUGUACUGUACAUGUUUGUGUGUGCGUUUCUAAAGUGCCUCACAGUUCUCACAACCUUGAUUGCAGUAAGGAAACGAAAACCCUGACCGAGCAGGGAAUGAAGGGAAAAGAUGCGCUGCCGUCGCUCAAGCAGUGGGGUCUGUCCGCCGGUGGGAGGACAGAGCGAGUUUGCGCUGACUCGUGUAUGUGUGUGUGUGUGUGUGGCAGUAGGACUUGAAGGCCACAUCUUCGGCGUGGACGUGUGGUGCCGAGCAGGUGGAUCUUGAGGACCGUGUUGGGAAUAUGCCGCCCGGGUUCGAGAGAUGUUCAAAGGGACAUAUUGGAGUGGCUCUCUAUUUCCUUUCAUGGGGCUGUCCAUCCAUCCGUUCAUCAGGAGAAGUGUCUUCUGCUCUGCAAGCGCCCUCACGUCAUCCUUCUCCUUUAAGGCUUUCUAUUGUGUUCAGUUGAUGGUUUUUGCUGCUUUUUGAGUUUGAUUUCUACCCACAGUUCCCUAGUUAGCUUUUCUUUAAAUCAGCGGAAGACUGAACUCCCUGAAUUGCUCUCUUUCUCGUGUACCGUUACGGCUUUCAGGCAGCUGCUAGCUGUGCAAGGUACGGGUCAUUCAGGUUUUAUUUCCUGUUUUUUUUUCUGCAUUUGAGUGUUUGUAAUGUUGUUUAUCUUGGAUUGCAUAUUUUUCUUAAAUUAUUAUUAUUAUUAUUAUUAUUGAAGGCGUUUAAGAUGUUUAAGCCAGAUGCAGUGUUGUGAAUCUAAUGCCUCUUACAGACACACACACACAAAAAAUAUUUAUUUAUUUAUUAAAGAGUGUUCUGCCGGAGGGUUUGUUGGUGUAGCUGUAAAUGAGCGGUGUCACUCUCCCGGACGCAGGUAGCACUGACAGCUCUCAUGGCUGCUGUUGGGUUUGGACUCACGUUUGCUCUGAAACUACUGAUGUUUCUUCACUGCUGAUCAUUCAGCCGACAGCUGCGAUUCUGUCACUAUCCCACCUGCUCGACACAGGGAACGGCAGAGCUUCGGAAGGUCAGUGAAGGUGCACUUUGAGGAGACGAAGGGUGGAGUAUUCAGGGAUGUCUGGGUAGCGCAUCAUUAAAAAAAAAAAACCUUCAAUGUAGUUCACACAGGGCUAAAAAUAUUAUGAAAGUACCAACAUCAGCAGUGUCAUCAUCAUACAAUGUUAUUGAUUGCUAUUAUUAUGAUUAUUAUUACUAUUAUUGUUAAGGAUAUUUUUCUGCUGGGUUUAGCACUGUUUCCAUGCAGUUCGGCAGACACACAGAGAACUACUUAUCAAUCUAUUAUGCAAAUAAGGUGUUGAAGCGUUAACAUUGUGUUGGUAAUGUGUCGACGGGAUGGAAGGCGUCCCCUAAACACGUGCGCUGAUGAGAAACCUGACCAAUCCACUUCCAGGCGUCUCUCUUUUCGUGCCACACUUAGAAGUUCUGUCACCGUUUUGCACACGACUUCAGACGAUAUGACUCUCUCUUUCCAUGUAUGAAUAGAUAAUCGAUUAUUUUUGUCUCGCGAACUCUUCGCUUUCUACACCCGAGCGUCCUGGCGUUUUGUUCCAGGCCUCGAACAUCGCAUUCAAUCUCAAGUCUCCAGUCCUGUGCCGUUUUUAUUUCCUGUUGUCGAAUGAGUUCCUGAAUGUUUACAGGAGGUCUCUGCUCUUGAGGAUGAUGCAAAGCUUGUGGAAAAAAAUGUGACAAAUGUAGCCAGAACCCACCUGCUCUGUUCCAAAGCCGCCACCACACCCCUCAUAUCUCCUACACACACGUGCCAUAUGUCAUUAUGAGGCUGCCCCAGGCAUAUUUCGAGGCCUUGAUUGUGUACGUGCGCGAGUUUCGCAUAUGCAGUGUGCGGAAACGAGCGUGUUUGUGUGGUGUCCGUGCAGGAUGAGUGUGUGAGUGCAUGCAUGCGUAUGUGCUUGCAUACCACAAGAUAUGCAAAAACAAUGCAAUAACAGUUUCCUUCAGAACUACAGCUGUACAAAAAUCUUAAGAUUCAGAGAGAAAUAUAUUCACUGGUGUAUAUUAAGUUACAGAACUUUAAAUUGAAGAAACCUGUCAUACUUGAAAUCGGGUGCAUUUGAGUAUCGAGUAUUUUGAAAUAAUCUCGUGCGGGUCAGUUUGGUUUGACGUUUUCUCUUCUGUUGGUUUCAAUUAUCUCUGCAUGAGGAUUCUUUUGGUGUGCCAAGCGUUCCGAGUAACUCUUUUUUUUUUUUUUUUUUGUCGUUGUUGUCGUUUUCAUUUGAAACAUUGAGGAAACACUGAUGACGAGGAGCGAAGGUGUAAAUACAGUCGGAGGAGAGAAGCACCUCGGUGUGAAAAUGAUUUUGCAUAUCUUGUGCUCAGCUGAAAGGUGCAUGAUACGCAAGAGCAGCUCUCUCUGUUUCACUCUCGCUGUUUCCCCCUUUAUCUUUUCAUUCGCUCACCCUCCUUGUCCUUUCUUCGGCAGACAUCACAGUAAAGGUGAUUAUUUGAGGCUGCAAGGUGAAACAUUAGAAAUCCCCUUUCAUUUCUCCAGUCUUCAUGGACAAUCUGUGAGAUUUAGUUUGGAAAUAAUAGAUUUGGAUGCUAUGCUUGAAUUUUUUUUGUUUGCAUGGAGUCUAGAGAAUCAACCUAGUGGAAGGAGUCCUCCUCUCCCUUCAUUUGCCAAUGAUUGUAUAUUUUUAUAGACUUAUAGAAAAUGAUUAACACAUGAAAAGAGACCAUAUGAACUCAUCUAUAUCUGCUGAAUGUCAGGGUUAAAAUGGCUACACACAACCGUGUUUGAGAAUGUAUGUAGUGACUACAUAUAGAUAGAAAAAUAUAGAGGAAAUCAUUCGUAUUCACCGCAGUAGCUCCUUUUGAAACUCUGGUCGUACGGCCUGUUUUUAAGCAGGAUGGUUUGCUGUUUUUACUGAGGGAGGAGUGCAAUGAGAUUAAUCAUGUGAUUUUGAAUCCGAGGGCUUUUUCACAGCUGCUUUAUUCAGAUCAACACAUCACAUUCCCCUCCGAGCACCUGCACUUGAUAGAACAGUGUGGAAAAGCCACGGGCUUUCAUGACACAAUAGCAGCGCCUGUGUUGAUUGAACCCUCUAAUGAAUGAACACAGAUAGCUGUCUGCUCAGGCCUUGGGGAAAUGUACCAAAUAUUUGACUGAAUAUUUUCUUAGUUGCUCAGUGAGUUUUUUGCCCAAAUGGUUGUAAUGUAGCUUUUCUUCUCUCAGAGAAUCAGAAGUUAUUUUCUAUAUUUUAAUAUAAGAGAAAUAUUUAUCCGAUGGAAGAUAUUCGCACUGGUUGGAGGGAAUGUGGGUGACGUAAUGGAUGAGAUUUCAGCAAGUGUAGGUUGCUUUCUUGAUGGACCUUGAUUGUGGCUUGUAUUUCGGUUUGCCGUCUGUAGCAGUAGCGCACAACUUUUCCCCAAUAGAAAAGCGUAUAUCGAAAGAAAUGGUUUUAUGCAUGCAUUUAAAGCUUAAUAUCGUUUGAAAAUGUGAUACCCUCAGAAAAGAGUAAGCUAUCCAUAGUGAAUGAGCAGCAUUGGUACAACCAUUCAUGUUCACAACACAUUACAGUAAAAAACAGUAAAUUUUUGGGGUUGUUUGUUUUAUUUGGAUAAACCCAGUAUAGCAGGAACACGAAAUGUUAGUGGAUUUAUUAAGGACAUCUGUAAUAUCCAUUCAAAUAUCCAUUGGGGCCGUCCGGUGUUUCUGGGUUCAUGCGUGUUCGUAUGUCAAUUCUCCAUGUGUCGGACUGAAGGAACGUGCCGUGGGGUUGACCUUUAACCCAGAGAAAGCCUGGACAAGUGCAAUGUCUGCCCUCUGGUUUAACCUUUGUGUAGCACAUAUCUCUAAUGUCCUCCUUUAUAUGACUGUUAAUUUGAUGUUAUAAGUUAAUGUAGUGCGUUAAUGAGUUUUAAUGAUAAACUAAAAGCUAAGGUGGUGAUGCAAUAAUCACAAUUUGCACAUUUAAACCACGUUUAGUUGGACACAUCGUACACAUAAUCCAAGUAAAGGAUGAAUUUAUGCAUAGAUUUUAGCUGCCGUGUAAAUAUUAAUUUCGCCCUAAGCUCCAAACGUCAAUCUUGCCAUAGUUUCAUUGCAACAGGUGGGACGAUAAUUAAUGCAGAUUUGUUCAGUGUUUUUUAGGGCACUGAUUGCUUUUGAAACCCAAAACUGUGGGUAGGUGAAUGCAAAACUAUUUAUAUGAACCAGUUUGAGGUUUUCGAGUGGCAUUUCCCCGCUUCUAGUUCCACCCAGCGAAUGUAGCACUAGAGACAGAAGGAGAUGGGCGGAACAGUAACGAUUAUGAUGAGGAGCUCAAAUAGUUAAUAUUGCACCAAUCUCCAUGUAUGAGUGAAUCUUUUAACAACUUAUUCUUUACCACAUCUUGCUUACUUUCUGCAGAGAUGGAAGUAAUGCUGUGUUUAACGGCAUCGAGCUCUGGGCUUGAUUUGUUGGGUCUCUUUUUCUCUAUUGGGUGGCAGGGACUGAGGGAGUUGACUCCCUGACUGUAUAUUCACACGGGGUGUUGGGUGAUAACGCCUAAUGGAUUGCGCGUCUUUGAUUGGUUCAGACACAAUUAUCAUAGUAAAAACAACUAUUGGACCGCAAUUGUUUUGCGCCAGAGCUAGGCUGUUUAGAUAAGUCGAUCUAAUUAGCUGACGCCUCAUUGGCACUUGAAAAGUUGAGAAAUUUUCAACUUCUGAUGGGAGCAACCCCAGUGGCGCGAUGCUGACGACCCACAAUUCAGUUCGGCAAUGCAUGAUGUCACCCAUUCAAAGUAAAUGAGAAGCGUUAACACCGCUGCCCCGUUUGAAUGUACCGUGACACUUACUCAUCUACAGAUGCAGCCCACAAUUCUUUCUGAAACCCGAAUCUGCAUUACAUUAUUUUCCUGCAUUCAAAGGUGAUCUGGUUUACGGUUAACCACUUAGGACCCACAAAGGGAGGAAUUUUUGAGCGGAUCAUCUCAGUUGCUUUAUUUCUGGUGACCACACGAGCAGCUUCUGUAGUCUUGAUUGACGGUGUGGAUGGGAAGUGUAGUCUUGAGGUCCUGAGCUGUUUGUUAGAUUAACGAGUUGAAUUAAAAUUAGACGCGCGUCAUGCUUUUGGUAGAAUUUCGAAGGCAUCAGUGCUGACCAUUCAGGUCUCUCACGAAACACCGUCAGAGGUCAUUCACAUUUUGGACUUAUUUAAUGGAGUUUAGACCCCAGGUGUUAUUGAAAACUGUGAGACGUCUGCAUGGUCUGUCAUUCCCUCCUCUACUUUUGCUGAGACUCUUUUGUUUCAUUUCAUCAUUCUUUCAUUUGUUGUUCAUUUAGAUUUUAAAAAGAAUACGCUACGUAAAUCAGAAGAUUCAAUCACUUUUUCUACUCCUAUUUUCAAAAAAAAAGUGAAAUGAAAAAAAUAUAUAAAAAUUGGAUUUGUAAAUAAGUGAUUGUACAGUUUGUAUCUGUAUCUGUCAGUCUGUCUUUGGUGACAGAGUGUGUCUUGCUUAUAACGCACGCUACCAGUAAAUAAAAACUCAAAAAAUAUCUUUAGAUUGUAUGGUUCUUGACAGGAAGUUUUAAAUUUAAUCUCUGCUGUAUAUUCCUGUAAUAUUGCAUUUUUAUCUGAGGAAUGAUGUUAUUAAACAAUUGCAAAUAAAGUGAAUUUCCUAA